ACAACCAAUUAUGGAUUGAAAUUUUAUGUAACCGUUAUCCUAUUAUAACUCAAUUCAAUUUAAGUAGAUUUUUCAAGACGACUGGAAAUGUUAGGAAAUUAUUCAAUGAUAAUUAUAUUCGUGAUCUUAUAUGAAAGUAUUAUGAUAGUCAAUAAUGAAAAUAAUUUCCAAGAUCAAGUAUUUUCGUUGCUGCUUUGCAAAUCGUUGCCGAAAGACUUUUAUAACAUCAUAGAAUUGAGCGAUGAACAACCUAUAUUAAUACAAGUCCCUGCCUUUAACGAAUGGUCAAAAGUUGUUCAUGCGGGAAAAAUGUUUGACUGCUUAACGCGAAAUAUAUUAAUGUUCGAUCCAGCUACAGGCCAAAAAAUAUUAGAACAUUCACUUUUGACACAUUUUCAAAACUAUGGUUGUCAUUGUUUCCCAAAAAGUACCAAUUCAGAAACAAAUAUGACUGAUGAGGCAGAUAAAUGUUGCUUAAGUAGGAAUAAAUGUUUGCAGAGAUUGUUCCUAAAUAAUCCUGAAUGCCACUAUCUUCUAGACAACGGUGUUAUAAAGGAGGAGCUAUGGGUGUGUUUGGACUACACCACAUCUUCACUAUUCCCUACGUACGACAUAUACUGCGAAGAAUCGAAAAAUCACAAAUGUGCGCAAGAAAGAUGUCAAUGCAAUAGUUGUGCCGCCAGAUGUUUGUCUAACUUUUUAAUAAGCCAAAAUAAUCAGGGAAUAUUAUUUAAAAAACAAGUAUGCGCGGUUUGAUAUCUAAGAACAAAAAAAUAUACUUUCUUAUCAAUUUAAAAAAAAUGAUGUAUACAUAGAUUUUUAUACAAGAAAUGAUGCAAUAUUUUUCAAUUAUAC